AUGUUAUAAAGUGCUGUAUUUUUUGAAAAAGAGAUCGUAACGCAAGCUGGAAGAAGCUUGGGUGGCGAUCAACCGAGUUUCAUUGCAAGGUAAAAUUAAGAGGUCUUUACAUUCAUGAUACAGAUUAUCACAGCAAACUUGCUAUGAAGUUCGGAAAAGACUUUGGAACAUUUUCCUUUAGGUGGGACCAGGUAGUGACCGCAGUAUUGAAAAAGUAUCCAAAUCCUUAUAGCCCACACAUUCUUUCUGAAGAUGUAAUUCACAGGGAAAUCAAGAAUGGUAAACUCUAUUCCAAGAAGCUUAUAAAAAAGGUCCAACUAAAAUCUAUCCCUUCAUUCCUGCGUGGGGUUGUGCACUGGGCUACUCGAGGCAAGGACACCUGUUUUGUGCUGGAGGAAUCGGAGGUGGAUCUUGAAACAAGAAAAUGCACCACUUACACAAGAAAUGUAGACAUGCUUACUUAUGCAGAUGUUGUUGAAAAAGUUGUAUACAAGGAAGACGAAGAAGUGUCACAGAAGACCCAAAUAGACCGCAGUCACUGGGUAUCAGCAAGGUUUUCUAAACUAGGAUCUGAAAGUUAUUUAUUUGGCAGGUGCAAAUCCCGUAUACCCGAGACUAACAGGGGCAUAGAUUAUGUUAUAAGAACUCUUUUUGCUCCAGAAACACUCCAUGAAUUAGAAAAGAAAGAACACAAACUAAAAAUGAACUUAGAAAGAGUGAAAGAAGUGAAAGAGAAAGUAAAACCAAGAAUGGAGAAAUUGAUUCCCACUUGUAAAGCACAGGAAGAUUAUUAAAAUGGGCUUCAUCUGUUCCCCUCUAGAUUUUUCUUUGAGUGAUCACACUUGUUACGUUUUGUAAUUUAUUAGUAACCCAUUACUAUUUUUCAGCACAUGUUCCUUUGUAAAAAAACACAGAUUCACUUUAGAAAUUUUAAAGAGACAAUUUAUAGAUAAAUUGCAACUGGUUUCAUUAUGAACAUUUUAUGGUACGUAUGGAUUCACCUCAGAAUGAUUUUUUAUAUUUUGUUGGAGGACUGUCUCAGGGUAUUCAGUGAUACAUACAAAUUGGGGUUAAUUAUUUCAAAGAUGUCAAAUAUAACUAGAUUGCUUGUAACAAUAAAUUUGGUGGAUUCUGUCACAGAACAGUAUUUAAAUAUUUAUCACAAUUUGUCUUAUCACAAAGUUUGCUUUUUGCAAGAAGUGAAAAAUUGUAGUAACAAUAAAAGCAUUAAACCUUU